AUGUCUUUGCGUCAGCUUGUGCGUCCGAUCGCCACACUUCAGUCAUCGCGAAGUGCUUCUGCUGCCGCCACCAAGCAGAUCCUCGAAUCGGCCCCGGCUGCUCAUGUCACUUCGUUGAAGAAUGGUUUCCGCGUAGUCUCCGAGGACAAUGGAAAGCCAACCGUCACUAUUGGGAUCUUUGUCGAGAAUGGCAGCCGUUUCGAGACGCAACAAAACAGCGGCGUUUCCUCAUUUCUUGAGCAUCUUCUCUACAAGGGCACCAACAAGAGAACGCAACAACAGCUCGAGACAGAAUUGGCUGGCCUUGGAGCUUCUCUUUCAUCGGAAACUGGACGUGAUCACACAGCUUACUAUGUGCAAGCCGCCUCCAAGGAUGUCGAGAAAGUGGUCGACAUCGUUGCCGAUAUCCUUCGUAACCCGAAGCUCGAUGCUGCCGCUGUUGAGAAAGAACGUCAAGUGUUGUUGAACAAACUUGAUGAAUUGGAGGGAAACUACCAAAACUUGACCUUCGACAUGCUUCACACUACCGCUUUCCAAGGAACAGGACUUGCCCAUUAUCCACACGGAACCACGAAGAGCAUCCAGGAAAUUACAGCUGAUCAGAUUCGACAAUGGCAAGCCGACAACUACCGUCCUGUUCGAAUGGUGCUUUCGGCUGUUGGUGGAGGAGCGGAACACGGAAAGCUUGUUGGACUUGCUGAGAAAUACUUUGGUGAUUUGUCGAACGAGUACCCUGGGAAAGUGCCCAGCGAUUUGGGCAUCCGUUUCACUGGAUCCGAAUUCCGUUUCCGAAACGACAAAUUUCCAGCAAUGUUUGCCGCAAUCGCCGUGGAAGGAGUUGGAUACGGACAUGCCGAUGCUCUUCCUUUGGCUGUUGUGGCCAACGGAAUCGGUCAGUGGGAUGCCACUCAUGGAUCCUCACACAACGCACCCAAGAGACACGUGCAACGACUUGUUGAAGGAUACGGGCUUCACGGUUUUGAGCAAUUCAACAUCAACUACAAGAAUACCGGUCUUUGGGGGGUGUACUUUGUGGCCGAUGGAAAAGAUUUCGAGAAUGUCACCAAUAUCCAUUCGAUCAUCCAAAAGGAGUGGAAGCACAUGGCUUGUGCUUUGGAAGCUCAAGAGGUUGAGGGAUUGAUAAAUCAAUACCGCAACCGAUUCUUCAGCAAAGUCGAGUCCAACACCGGAAAGGCCAAGUUCAACGCCAAGGAACUUUUGUACACGGGUCACCUUCGUUCAUUGGCCGAUGUUGAGGAACAAUUGAGCAACUUAUCCGCCAACUCGAUCGGACAGGCUAUGAACCGUCACAUCUACGAUAGGGACAUUGCCACAGCCGGUGUGGGACGCACCGAAGGUUUCCCCGAGUACAGCUACAUCCGACAGCGAAUGUGGUGGUGGCGCUUG